AUGAAGUCAUUAUGUAUAUUAUGUUUACUUAUUUCAUUAAUAUUCUAUGUGAAUAGUAGAAUGGAAGAUUCUAUACAUCAACUACAACUUCAAAAGGAUCUUCGAAGACGAAGUCAACCAAAUCUCUAUCAGUGUAUCGCAUGCAAAUCCGGUGUUAGACAAGCUAAGAAUAUAAUUUUAAGUUCAACAAAUAAGUCAAUCAAUGAUAGAAUUCAAAAUCUUUGCAUGACAGCUGGUCCAUUUAAUACAUCAUGUGAAAUGUUUGCGUAUGAACUUUCAUCAAAUAUACUUAAUACAAUUCAGAAGGUGGUACCACAAAAGUUGUGUGCUACAUUUGGUUUUUGCUAUAAACCACCUGAGAUAUCUGUUUGUGAAUAUUGCCUCAAAUCUGGACUCUUGAUUAAAUCAAUAUUAUUGUCGGAGAAUUUUGUAUCUGAGUUAUAUAAUAAUACGUUAAAUAUGUGUAAUACACAACCUAAUCAUUCACUCAUUUGUGGUCCUUUCCUACAUGAUUUGUUUGUAGCAGUAACAUUAAGCUUUAACAAACAAUUUCUUAUACAACGGUUUUGUCAGAAUGCUGGAUUUUGUUCAGAAGCAUAA